AUGCUCUGCGGCAUCAGCUCCCUCGCUUGCGCAACGAGUAGCACGCUAGUGCUACGAGUAGCGCCUUGGCAGGGGGCACACAUCAAAUAUUACACUAUCUCUACCGCCAAGCCCUCUCUCCUAUUGCAAAGCCUGCUGCAGGUGAAAAGGGGGUUCUAG